CUUGAACACUCACAACUGAAAUAUCUCUCAUUUUUCCUAGUUCCACUUACCUGUCUGAGCUCAUCAGGAGAACAGGAAAACAAUUUUGAGGAAUACAUCUCCUUUAUACAUCAAUAUGAUUCCAGGAAAACUCCAAAUGAGCCUAUCCGGGGAAAGAGACAUGGGACCUUUGUGCAGAGAGCAAUAAAGCCACCGACUAUGUCAAUAAUUCCCAAGGAACCAGAGGUAUUACCGAAUGCUCCAGGGUCAUGUUCAUCAGAACAGCCCCAAAGAACAGAAAAAGAAAAUGUGUCAAGAGACAGUGUGCCGUCACCAGGACAGAAUUCCCAAGAACUGCUGGAGACUUAGAAACAGAAGGCAGCCCAGGCCCGCAGGCCCAGAACCUGGAGUGUGGGUGAGGACUGCAGGUACGCUGCACUCAACUGUAGGGCCACCAAGAAUGGGCCUUUAAACCCACUAAUAAUAAAGUCAGGGUGAGUGAAGAUGAAUUCUGAUGCUCAGACAAAAGCUGUAUUCCUGGAAUUUCCCCAGUAUCAAGCAGGCACUUGGAGCUGUGAAGAGACACUAUGACCAAGGCAACACUUACAAAAGAAAGCAUUUAGUUGGAGGCUUUUUAACAG